AUUCUCCGAAUCUAUCAUUUGAGAGUUGAUUAUCUGCAAGAAAGACAUUUAUUCUUCGAAAAUGAGUGAAACUCAAGCUGUAGCAUUACCAGCAGUCCAGGCAACGCCGAAGAAGUCUGUCACGUCGACGAAAGGCAAGAAACCAGCAACAAAAUCGUCUCAUCCUCGAACUUCUGAGAUGGUGACAGCUGCUAUUUCAGCCUUGCGGGAACGUGGUGGAUCUUCGAUUCAGGCAAUCAAAAAAUACAUCGUCGGCACCUACAUGCUUGAUGCUGAAAAACAAGCGCCUUUCAUCAAAAAGUACCUGAAAACUGCAGUCGAACAAGGCCAGGUCAUCCAGACAAAAGGAAAGGGUGUGUCUGGAUCUUUCAAAUUGGCAAAAUCGAGCGCAGCGAAACCAAAGGCUGCUGCCAAAACAAAAAGUGCCGCACAGAAGCCCAUGAGUCUGAAGAAACCCCUAAAAACGGUGAGAAAGGUGGAUAUGGCCAAGAAAACUGCUGUGGCGAGAAAGUCUCCAGUCAAGAAGCCUACUACGAAGAAGUUGGUGUCUAAGAAGACUUCCGGACCUGCAUUGAAAAAGAUUCCUGCGAAGGCGAAGAAAACUGCCAAGUCUCCAACAGCGAAACCCAAAGCACCGAAAUCGAAGACGAAAGCUGCCAAAUAAGACAGAUAAAGCAUACAACAUCACAAUCGGCCCUUUUCCGCGCUAUUAAUUUAUUUUCAUAAAGAAUAGUUUUUUUUUUGUGUGAAAACAUGUUGAUUUGAUUUCAAUUUUAGAACUUAAGAAAGUUUUCGAUCGUUCUGGAAGUGGUAAUUAAGUAUAAAAGUAAAAUCACAAUUGAAUUCAAUUUGUUCGAUUAUUAUCAGAUAUAACACUGAACAUUUUCAAAGAUUUUGUUUUAAAUAAGUGUUUCAAAAAAUUUAUAAUCGUCAAUUCUGAAAUAUUCAAUUUUGAAAUUCUCUAUAGAA